AUGGACUCCUUGGUUUCUCGCCAGGAACUGCGUCAGGAUGAGGAUGUGACGGGAGCAAAAAGCGGGUUCACUCGGUAUUUGACUAACGCCUUGAGCGUGUUUGUUGAUCUCUUUGUUAUGGAGCCAAAUACUUCAAUUUCCAAUGCUCCUCCCAUCUUCAAUGGAAAUGAUUAUGCUCAUUGGAAAGUCCGUAUGAAAACCUACUUGAAGGGGCUUAAUAAUAAUAUAUGGGUUACUAUUGAAAAGGGUUUUGAAAGACCAAAUGGUGAUCUUGAAAAGUGGAGCAAAGAGGAUAUAGUGAAGAGCAACUGGAAUAAUCGUGGGUUAAGUUGCAUUUUCAACUAUGUAUCAUCAGAUGAGUUUCGACGAAUUACUCUAUGUGAGACCUCAAAGGAACCAUGGGAUAUUCUUAAGAAGACUCACGAAGGCUCAAAGGGAGUGACGAAGGCCAAACCUCAGAUGUUGAUGUCUCGGUUUGAGACUGUGAACAUAAUGGAAGAUGAAAUGUUUGGUGAAUUCUACACCAAAUUAAGUGAGAUUGUGAACUCUAUGCGAGGGCUUGGUGAGAAAGUACCUGAAAUAACUGCGGUUGAAGAAAGUAAGGAUGUAGAGCUACUGGAAGUUGAUGAAUUGAUAGGUUCUCUCAUAACUUAUGAGAGCAUGAGAUUCUCUCCCAAAGCUAAGAGCAUAGCACUGAAAACCACCAAGAAGGAAAAUAAAGUGGUUCAUGAAGAAUCGAGUGAUGAUGAGUCAUUUGACUUUGAACCAAUAGCUAUGCUAACCUGGAACUUCCAAAAGUAUCUAAAGAAUGGAUAUGGUCACAUCAAGGCUGACUAUGGAAACCUAAAGAAUGCAAAAGAAAACGCCAUGAAUGCAUCCUUGAGUGGUGAAUUAAAGUCAAAUGAUUCCGAUGACAAAAAAGGGAAGAAAGUUGUUUGCAUGGCAUUCCCUGCUACCAUUCAAGGUUCCAGUGAUUCUGUUUCAGCUGAGAUAGAUGGCAAUGCUUAUGAGGAGAUUUUAGAUGAAGGUUCAGUGAAAAGUUGCAGCCAUAUUGUGUCCCAUGACACUCUUGUCAGAAAUUUCACAGAUGCUAGGAAGAAGUGCAAAGAACUCUUGAAGCAAUUGGCUGAUGAAAAUCAGUUUCUGAGGAACAAAAUGGAUGGGAUUAGGCCUGCAAUCGAGCCGAGCCGAGUUUUGGAAAUCUCGAAUUGGCUCAUUUUAGAGGGCAUAUAA